GUCCGAAUAAAGGUUUGCGAACAAUCAACUCGCGACACCUGAGUCGACAUGGGAUUCAAUUUAAAAUAUCUCUUACUUCAGCCAUGCAUGGGAUUUUUCCUUCAAGGAGCGGUAACGGCUUUAGCAAUUGUUGAAGUGGGCGUCAAUUUUGGAAUGAUAAUCUUAGCCAGUGUGGAUUACUCGAACCAAUUCAACGAAGUUAAGAAUUCGAAAGAGUUUAGCGUCUCAAAAUUUUGCGGUCACAUUUCCACGUGGAUAUAUUGCUAUUUGUAUAAGAUUGCUUCCAUCAUACUUGCCAUUCGGUUGUUCAUGAUUGUUUCGCAGCGAAACUCCACAAAACUUCGCUGGUGGUUAUAUUUGUCAGGCAUCCUGUACAGUAUCUGGCUUUGUUGUUUUCUAAUGAACUCGAUCUUCAACCUGUUCCAUAGUUCUCUAUCCUUAGCCUUGUACGGCGCACUGGGCGUUUACAAAUUAUACUUUUUCUGGAUAAUUAUCUCAUUUAUCCUAGAAAUCGAGAGGAACGGUGCUAUCGACCCAGCCCUUCGCGUCUUGUCAGACAAAGAUUUAAACGAUUUCUUUAAGGAUGGCUACGUUGUCCACGAUCCACGGUAUCAGAAGACAUUUGAGAUUCAAUUCUGUGAGCUAACACUUGAAAAAGAGCGACCCUUAGGAGCCGGGGCCUUCGGUAUAGUGUACAAGGCUUCGUUAACAAAACAGCUCGCAGAGUCGGUAUCGAGUCAAAUCGUUGCUGUCAAAACGGUUCUGCCUUCUGCGGAUACAACCGCUCUAAAAUGCCUCUUGCGAGAGUUGCAAAUCCUAAAUUGCAUCGGGAGGCAUGAAAAUAUUGUAAAUCUUGUCGGGGCUUGCACUUCAGAAGUUAAACAAGGUAAAUUGUACGUCGUGGUGGAAUACUGCGCUCUUGGAAACUUACAAUCGUACCUGAAACGCCAUCGCGAAUCGGGUGUAGCAGGAGAUGACUUUAAAACUGAAGCGAUAGGGGGUUACAUAUCCUGGAGAAAUACAGAAACAGAAACUGUCACAAUUCAAGACUUAACCAGAUGGGCGCAUGAAACCGCAAAUGGAAUGGAAUACAUUUCGAGGAAAAAGGUAAUUCAUGGAGAUCUCGCUGCUAGGAAUGUUCUCCUAACGUUAAGUGGAACUGCAAAAGUGGCUGAUUUCGGCUUAUCUAAACAACUCUACCGCUACGCGACUUAUGCAAGACACAACAAAGAACAGCCAAUUCCAUGGCGAUGGAUGGCUUGGGAGUGUCUGGACGACUUAAAAUUUACGACACACUCAGAUUCUUGGUCGUAUGGAAUAACUGUCUGGGAAUAUUUUUCCCUUGGAGCGCUACCUUUUCCGGCCGAGUCAUUAUCGAGUGAAUUUGUCCAGAAACUUAAAAAUGGACAAAGUAAACCAGAUCAACCAGCUAUAAUGUCGACUGAGAUAUAUCACCAACUCUGCAAAUGUUGGGCUAUCAAUCCACAAGAGAGGCCAUCAUUUACGGAGCUGAAAUUAUGUUUUUCCCAACAACUUGACCAAUUUGGAAACACUGAUAGCCAGUCUGCAAUAUUGAGUCAGCCAGUUCGCCAAACUAAUUACGAAAAUAUUGACCAAUCCGUCGUUAUCAUCGAUGAAUACGAAGAAAUCUAGCAAGAUUUUCAAUUUUCCAGUUUAAGUAGAACCAUAUGUAGUAUCAAUAAUAUUUUUGAAAAUAACAUUGUAAAUAUCACC